AUGGAUUCACUUAAUUGCCCUCUGACAUGUGAUAUUUUUUCUGAUCCCGUCAUCGGACAAGAUGGUCAUACGUAUGAGCGAAAAGAUAUUACCGCUUGGCUGCAACAACAUGGUACGAGUCCGAUUACUCGAGAACCCAUGGAUAUUAAAUCGUUACGUCCAAAUCAUAUUGUACGUAAGAUGAUCGAAGAAUUUUCAGCAGUUUCUAAGAAGAAAGACUAUCAAUUUCGUCUUGAUGUCGAUGUUCGUAAAACUGACUCAAGACCUUGGUUUCAAACAUCAGAGACAUCAAUCUACAAGGCCGAAUGGGUGACUAGACAAGGCCCACCUAUUGUUAUAAUUAAAAUCGAUGGUGCCAAGACAAACCAUGAAGCUAUAUUUUACGUUCAACUCAGCUGUCACCAGCAUAUUAUUCGUACAUUUGGACUUGUUGAUAGUGAUCCAAAUUGCGUAAUGCUUGUGCAAGAAUAUGCUGAGAGGGGUGAUUUGGUUGAAUUACUAAGGAAAAACACUUUCAAACCAAGUAGAAAUGUUCUUGUCGAGAUAUUUAUUCAAAUUAUUGAUGCGAUGAUUUGUCUUGUUGACAAUAAAACAGUUCAUGGUGAUCUAAUGUGUCGCAAUGUACUUGUCUUUCGAUGUAAUUCGACUGUUCCAGAUGAGAAUCUUGUGAAAUUGACUGGUUUCGGUCUCACUAAAGGUAGUGAUAUUUUUUCUGCGACUACAUCUUCGUUACAAACCACAGUGAUUAUUCCUGUCAGAUACGCUGCACCUGAAAUACUUCGAACAAAUGGUGAUCUCAGAUUCUAUUCAGAAAAAUCUGAUUUGUAUUCCAUGGCUGUCUUAAUGUGGGAAGCCUGCUCCUAUGGAACACUUCCAUUUUCCUCAUUAAUUAACAACAAUGAUAUUAUUCACUGUAAAUUGCGUGGGGAUCAUUUACCUCGACCGAAAAUUUGUGAUGAAGACCUUUGGUUAACUAUCGUCCAAUGUUGGAGAUUAGAACCAGAAGAACGACCAACAUUCAAAGAACUAAGACGUGCAGUGAUGCGUUUAGUUCACAAAUCAGAUUCGACAGCAUCCAAUUCUGUAUUAGAAGCUGCGAAAAUGUUUUCUAACGAACAAAUGUCAUCAGACAAUUUCGGACUCCUUGAAGAAAAAAUACCUUGUGAAUAUUGUGAUGAACUUAUAAAUUUCGAUGAAUAUAUCAUUCACACGCAAGUAUGUGGCAACCAAGAAAAUCAGCAAGUUACCAACGACGUUAGUAUGCACGGUGCACUUAUUUUAAAGCAUCUAACCAAAGGUAUUAUUGUCCCAGCUUUACCAGAAAAUGACUCGAACAUCGUACCAAGCAAUUCUAUUGAACGACGACGAGCUCAACUCGAACGCUAUUUGAAUCGUCUCGUUCGAAAUAAGUCGCUCAUUUGUGAUCCUUGUUUUUUGUUGUUCUUUGAACAAUUUGAAGGACUUCCCAAAACGGCAAAUAAUCUUUGGCGGAGUCUUCUAACAGCUUCAACGACAAAAGCACAGGAAGGCGACUGGUUCGAUGAAAAAUAUCAACGAGAAGAGUCAAAUGCAGCAAGUAAAGCAUUUGCUUGCACAUUGAAUCAUUUGGCUGUGUGUGAAGAAUAUACACUUCUUUCUUCAGCUUUUAUCGAGCUGGCUACUGUUCAGGAGCAACUAGAACAGGUCAAUUCGGAUCGCACUGAACAGGAAUUUUUAUUAAUGAAUGAACUAUUAAAUGAGUAUCUCUUGCAUCUGGAUAUGGUGAAAUAUGCUUUUAAUGAACGAGCAAAAGUCCAUAAACGUUGGCUUACUACUGUUGACACAUUCCAAAAGAAGCAACUUAAAACGGGUCCUCAAUUUGAAAUGGAAAUGCUCGAUUUGGAGAAAAAAAUUACAGAUGACAUGCAAGAUUAUCAACAAAUUUCUAUGACGCUCAAGCAAGAACUUGAAAUAUUCGAUCAAAAUCGUAUUGAAGAAUUUAAGAAUAAUAUUGAUGCGUAUAUAGCACAAACGUUGAUACAACAAGAAAAGGUGCUCAAUAUAUGGGAAGCCUACUUACCAAUAGCAAAUAACAUCGAUGUAACUGACUGA